AUGAGCAACACAAGCAGAACUGUAGAAGGCAAGGACGAAAAUGAGAUGUAAGUAUAGUCAUUGAACUGGUGAAAUAAAAAGGUGAUCUUUUUUUGUACUUUUUUAAAUAUAAACGUCAAAGCUUUAUUUUGCAGAAGCUGACAAGACGAACUCUUGCAUUAGAGAAUGUGGAUAUCACCGUGAAAAAAAGAGGAAGAGCUGCGGAAGUAUUGGUCGAGGAGGCAAUGUCGAGUGAAGAGAGCUGUGUGGAGGAGGACGAAAAUGGAAAACCAAUUAUUCUUGGUUAUAAAAUAAAGCGACUGUCGUGGGAAAGCAGGAGAUUCACAAGUGUGAAACAAUAUUUGGACAAGGCAAUGGCAGAAAGCCAGACUCAAAGGGCACGGGACAGAGCUCUCCCACGAACAGACCACGAAGAGGAAUCACCUAUGUUGCCCCCAAAGGACCUCCCCGAUUGGGCAAUUUCCUCCACUGAAUGA